AUGGCAACAAUAAACAGCGACAUCAAGGUGAACCGAACGCCGAUGCAGUAUCACCCCGACUUUGCCACAGUUGUCGGCAAGGAUGCACGGCACGCCCUGCUCUUGUCGUCCGCCGAGACCUCCCGCAACGCCUUCUUCCACACGGGAUGCGUCCUUGUGCGAGAACCGUCAGCAUCAAGUCGUCGCAACAGUGCUGGCAACGGGACCGGAAGUGUCCCGAUCGACGACGAGGUCAUCUACACCACAUCCAACCUGCUCCAGACGUCAAGCAGUUCCCAGUUGCCCGCGAUUCUCAUUUCUCGCGUGAGCUUGCGUCGCAACAGCGCCGGUGACGUCACGGCGGCUGAAUGGACCAAAUUGAGGCCCCCUAUGGCCAUGCCCGCGGGCGCCAUUCCGUAUCAGAUGAAGCCAGCCAUUGCACGGCCUAGCAGUGGCGCUGGCGGUCGGGGCAGCAGUGGUGUCCUGUACUGUGCACAGGGCAAUCCGGGCCCGGGCACCAGCGGCCUUUUUUAUAUGCCCACCGGCCGGCCUCCCAUCAACCUCCUGUCCAACUACUACGGCCGCGACUUCAACUCCGUGUAUGACGUUGUGCAGCACCCAGAUGACGGCUCGCUUUGGUUUACGGAUCCAUGCAUCGGCUUCGAACAGGACUUCCGCAAGCGCCCACAGAUGCCGUGCCAUGUCUACCGCUUCCAUCCAGAUACAGGUGACCUGCGUGUCGUUGCCGACGGGCUCAACCGACCGGCCGGCAUCUGCUUCGGCCCCGAUGCCGCCACCGUCUACCUCACGGACGCCGAUGCGCUGUACAACAACGGUGGUGGUAGCAUACUCGGCAGCAACAGCGGCGCCGAUAUGCGGCGGGCCGCCACCGUCUAUGCUUACGAUGUGCUGCGGCGGGGCGGCUCGGACUUUUUGACGAAUAAGCGCGUGUUUGCAUAUGCUCUUCGAGGCACACCACUAGGCAUCCGUUGUGACGCGGCAGGCAACGUGUAUGCCGGAUGUGCCGACGGCGUGGAGGUGUGGAACGCGGGCGGCGUGCUGUUGGGUGUCAUCGAGGUGCCCGGCGGCGUGUCGAGUUUUUGCCUGUCCCACGACGGCGAGAUGUUCUUGUGCUCCGAGCAGCAGCUGUGGUGGGUGCAUCUAAAGCAGACUAUGGAAUCGGUGCCUCGCUGGGGUGCUGCCCCCGUACCGAUGACGGUCGACCCAGAUGACAACUUUAUAUGA